AUGGCCUCCAGACAACCAGACCGGCGAUUCAUCCACAAAGAUCGGUUUGGGUACCUCUUUGGCUCGUUAAAAACCCAAAAUUACCAGGAUCCCGCCGCGCGGGGACCUGGAUCGCACAUAAUCCGGACACUUGCCUGGAACCCAACCGGCCAACUCAUCGCCACGGGCUCCGCGAACCGCACGCUUCGCAUAUGGAACCCCGAGCGCGCGAAUGCGAGAUACUCGACGGAGCUGCGCGGGCAUUCUGCAGGGAUUGAAAAGGUUCUGUUUAAUCCAGUCCGGGAUGCCGAGCUGGCGAGCUGCUCGAGUGAUGGCACAGUGCGCUUUUGGGAUGUGCGAUCCAAGACUUGUGUGAGUCGGUUGGAUGUAGGUGGAGAGGCAUUUACGCUGUCGUGGUCGGCGGAUGGGAAGGUUGUUAUUGUUGGGAGGAAGGACGACACACUGGUGCCUGUAUCGAUUGAAAGCCUGUCGACGCCUACGAUCAUGACGAAUGGAGCUACGACUGAAAAAGCUACGUCGACGUAUACAACACUGCCCUCACAGCCACAAAACACCCAGACGAACGCGACGACAUUUUCACAUCACGUCCCAACCGAGUCCGCCCCAGAUCUCGAUUUCCUAGCCACAACAGGCGACGGCACCGUCAAGAUAUUCUCAUACCCAUCCUUCACACUACGCCACACCCUCAACGCGCACAGCUCUGCCUGUCUCGCCUUAUCUCUCGCGCCCACCGCACGGUAUUUGGCCGUCGGCGGCAGCGACGCACUCAUCUCCCUCUGGGAUACCACAGACUGGGUCUGCCGGCGCACAGUCUCCAGCGAAGGCAGCGGCACGAUCCGCGAUGUGAGCUGGAGUUUUGAUGGCCGGUUCCUGUGCGGCGCCAGCGAGGAAGUGGGCGCUAGUGGGCUUGAGAUCUUCCACGCCGAGACAGGCGACAGUGUGCAUUCGAUCCCUGUGACUACUUCGGGGAUUCCGGCGGUUGCGUGGCAUCCCACACGGUAUUGGCUUGCGUAUUCGUCCAUGGCUGAUAGUGGGAAUGCUGGCGGCUUGAGGAUUGUUGGGGCUGCUGGGGGAGGUCUUUAG